AUGAUUAAGUUUUUGCUGGCGUUAAUUCUUGUGGCGCAAGUUUCCGGAGUUUGUCACGUUCCACAAUUUGUCGGAUGUCAGGCUAAGUUCAGCGAUGCUUUGGGAAUCGAUAGAAACUACAAUUGGUGAGUGAAAUCUGGAAAUUUCCUUGAGAAAAAUUCAAUUUAGGCUGAACCCACUCGGGUUGACCAUUCAAAUUCAAGAUAUUUAUAUCAAUGGUGGACUCGGUGGAAUUCGCGGUUUGAAUUCGGUUUGCAAGUGAGUUUUCUGAAUUAUUCUGAAAUCAAAUUUUGAACUCAGCGCUUACAAUCAAAUGAUUCAAUGUUUGACAACAUCACAAACCACAGCUUCGGAAUGCUUCAAUAUUCCAUGGCUUUUAUCUCAUUCGGAAGCUCCAAAUCGCGCAUAUUCUUAUGGAUUUUUGAUGAAUAUGUUGCAAUAUCAAUGUGGAGCUGGAUUCUACAGUAGGAGAACUUUUUUUUGGAAAACUUUUUUUGAAAAUUGGAAAAUUAAGAUUAUGAUCGAGAUUUUUCUAUAAUUUUUCUGAAUAUUUUUGAAAUCAUUACUUUUUUUUCAUAAUUUUCAGUUGCUUCGGAUAACUGGAAAUGUCUCCAAAACAUCUACGCUAAGAAAAAUGGUACAAUGUUCGGUUGUAUAAAUGAUUUCGUCUUGAAUGCCUACGAAGAUCCGGCUCGUGGAUGCGAUUAUGUUCAAACCGGUAUGAAUUGUUUCGAAGCGGCUUCAACACUUUCCGGAUGCCCGGAUGAGCUCAAAUAUUAUGGCUGCGAAUCUUUCCGUCAAUAUUCGGCUCCACAAUUCUCGCGAUGUCACAAAUCUUGUCAAGUUGAUUUGUCGUUCCGUUAA